AGACGUUAAAACGAGGGUGAGCGUUAAAGAUUCCCAUGGCACUAUUCGACAAGGGAAAGGAGCGUCUCCCAGUCUCAGGACCGACAAUCCCCUCCCGGAAAGUUAACCAUUCACCGCAUUUGCCGACAAAUAACGUAUCAGUGCUGUAUUUUGCCAGGAGUGCUGAGUUGUCAGGAGUUCGUUCUGAAACACUUUCUGUGCCACAACAAUUAACCUCUAUGCAACUCUGGGAGAAAAUAGUUAAUAAACACCCAAGUCUCAUUGCCAUAAGGGAUCACGUCCUUCUUGCAGUUCGUCAGGAAUAUAUCCUCCUGGGAGAUCAAAUUCUGUUCCUCCAGCCAGGCGACGAGAUUGCAGUCAUCCCCCCUCUCAGUGGGGGCUAG